ACGUAGUAUGCAAAAAUCAGUGAAAUAAAAGUAUUCAUAAAAUCGUCAUUUUUACGCGAAAUGAUAAAAAUUUAACACCAAUCGAUAGGGAAUUUCAUCGUCUUUAAUUCGAGACCUCAUGAAAGUUCAUCCGAACCCGCGAACAAUCGAAAAAGUUGCAUUUUAUACACGAAUAAUUGUAUGCAUACCUAUGAUAAGAUAACAUGUUUAUCCCAAGCCAAGACGAAAAAACGUCCAAGUCCAGAAAAAAAAAUUCCACUACACACCGCCACGGAAAUGAAUCUAGACGCUCGUGUUUUUUUUUAGCUUUUACGAGACGCCUUGCAUGAUUCUUGACAACGCUGCAGCGAUACAGUGGCCAUUCAGAACGUUCUUCGAUUUUAAUUGGUUCUCAUUAAAACGUGUUUUCUUUUCUGACCAAUGAACGACUUCUUCUCAUCAGAGCUCUGACAAAUAGAAAAUUGCCCUCUUAUCACAAUAAGAAAAAUGAAAAUUUUGAAUUUUAAUUUUCGAAAAGCAAAAACAACAGGUUUUGUUCGUUUUUUUUGCAGAAGAUUUGUUAAUUCUGAUGCUGUAGUGACGUAUUAUUUCAUCAAUGGAAGCAGUAUUGGCCAAAAAAAGGAUUAGGCUGUCGAGGGGUUCCGGAGAUGCUAAUGAUGAUAUUCCUCGUUUCGAUAAAUAUGUUACCGGAGAAGAACGUCUUAAAUCUUUUGAAAAAUGGUCCAUUUCCGAAAUCCAAACGCCUCUAGAACUUGUCGAAGCCGGGUUCUUUUAUUCCGGACGAGAAGAUGCAGUAGUGUGUUUUUCAUGCGGUGGUGGUUUGUCGAACUGGCAUCAAUGUGUAGAUCCAUAUUUUGAACACGCCAAGUAUUACCCUAAAUGCUCUUUUAUUCUCAAAAAAAAGGGUAAAGAUUUUGUAGAAAAAGUGAAAGAAACUGUGAAAGAUGAAUACACUGCAGAAGAAGCGCGGUUAUCAUCGUUCGCCAAUUAUUGGCCCAUUUCAACGUUCAAAACGCCGAAAGAAUUAGCGAAAGCGGGAUUUUUUCACACUGGGGACAGCGACGAAGUUCAAUGUUUCAAUUGCGGUGUCACCGUAAUGGACUGGCGUGUUGAUGAUGAUGCCUGGUUCAAACACACUCGUUCAAACUCAACAUGUAGGUUUGUUUUUGACGUAAAAGGUCCUGAAUUUAUGGAUAAAGCGAAUCAGGUCGAGUUACCAAUUGAAAGAUUGUUCGAAGAGGAGUUGGUAAGAAAAGGUAACGUAAAAUUACCUAUACACGAAAACUAUAAAACUUACGAACAACGAAUAAAAACGUAUAAAAAUUGGCUUAUUUCACAUAAGAAAAAACCAGAGGAGCUGGCUGCUAUUGGAUUAUUUUAUACCGGAAAAAGUGAUAGAGUACAGUGUUUCUAUUGUAAUGGAUUACAUUACUGUUGGAAAGUUACCGAAGAUCCGAGCGAAGAGCAUGCAAGAUGGUAUCCUAUUUGUACAUUUAUUCGUGAAAUCAGGGGUGAUAAGUUCGUCGACGGAGUAAGACAAAAAUGGAGAGAAAUUUAUGGGACGGAAGAAGCACGAGAAAGAUCGUAUAAAAAUUGGCCCAAUUCAGCUAACAAAACGCCAAAAGAAUUAUCUGAAGCUGGAUUCUUCUGUACCGAAAAUGAUGAUCAAGCACAAUGUUUUUACUGCGGAUUUUGGUAUAUGGAUUGGGAAGUCUGCGAUGAUGCUUGGUUUGUUCACGCUAAACUGAACCCUUUUUGCGAAUACUUACGUAAAAUCAAAGGAGAAACAUAUGUGAAUAAAGUAGAACAAACGUCAUCUUCUCAAAAGACAAAUGAAAGAAGAAGAAGUUACAGUUCGAAUCAACCUGUAUACAAAGUUGAAGACGAUGUCAUUAAAGAACUUAUGAAUUCUUCAGUAGUCCAAACCGUUUUGAAAGUUGGUUUUGAUGAAUUUAAAAUAAAACUCACUUUACAAAAUUACUUGAAAUACCACGAGUCGUUCAAGAACGUUAAAAACUUUUUUGCUGUGAUUAUGAAUUCUCAACUAGAAGACCCCGAAGUAUCUGCAUGCCUUCAAAACUUGAAAAAAGAAAACGAUCGAUACAAGGAUGCAAAAGUAUGUAAGAUUUGCGAAAAGCAAGGUCCAAUAUUAAUACUUGUACCUUGCGCUCACCUACUUAGUUGCUGUUCUUGUGUUGCUAAAAAUUUAGAGCAUUGCUUUAGUUGCAACAAAGAAAUCGAAUACAAACUAGAACUUUUUCGAAGAGAGAAAAAUCUGUUCUAAUUUUAACCAAUUACUUGACGAAUGGUAUCGAAUCUCUAUAUUAGUAAUUUGGACUCUAACUCGUGCUAGUUGUGCGUAUUUUCCUAUUGUUUUUCUGAUCGAGACGACUGACUUCGAUGACAUUUUCUAUGUUACUUUCUGAGUUUUUUUUAUAUUCCUUAUUUUUAUGCCUACUUAAAAAUAACUCUUAUCUUGUUGUUGAAUUAAUUUGCCUCUUUUUUCUGUUUUAUAUAUAUGAUAUGCUUCUUUAAAAAUAUUUUGUUGAUUUAAACGCUUUCAAAAGUUGAAUCGAAUUAUUUAAUAAAUAAUUUAAUAUACACAACAACUUAAAUGAAUUUAUAAAUCCUGAUGAAAUGGUAGACAACAUAAUACGUUCAAAAAUCCUUAAAAUUAUAAUCUUACGGAUAGAAAUAAGAUGAAAACGAAUGUGCAAUAUUUUUGUUCAAGUGUCGAUUUACAUCCGAAUCGAAUGAAAAUGAAUGAAAACGAAUUUUAUUUUUUCAAACCUGCUAGAUUCACUCCAACUCCUUCGAUUCCUUUAGUUCCUAGUCCGGUGACUUUGAAUAAACACCCGGCGCUAGAUUGCUCCUUUUUUUCUUCUUCGCUCAAGUCUCUGUGCAUCGAGGUGACGUAUAAAUCCUCUACACUGGGUCCACCAAAUGCUACGGAAGUUACUGGUUUGCUCGGGAAAUCGAUCACAGAUACUAUGCAUUUGGUUUUUGGAUUAAUUUGAUAGACCUGCGCGAUCAGAUUUGAAUAAUUUUUACAAAAUAAUGCGUUAAAAAGAGUUUCAAGAAUUCAUCAAGUUUCAUCUUACCUGGCCUCCGUUAUGUACAGCUAUCCAUAAAUGGCCGGAAAUAUCAAUGGUCAUGCCGUCUGGGAUGAGAUGCGGUGCAUCAAAUGCAUGACAAUCGCGGAAAUCGAAAAUUACUCUUUCGUUGCCUAUGUAAUCAGAAAACAGAUACGUGAUGUAAAUUGAUGAAAUACGAAUUUAUUAGCAAGUUUGAGCUCGAGUGAAUAGCACGUGGGCUAACUUACUUAAAGUUAUAUUUUUUGAAUCAUAAUCGUAACCUUUGACUUGACCACUUAACGAAUCGAUAAAAUAGAAAAUACUUUCGUCUAAACUCCACGUUAAUCCGUUAGCAAUUCCUAAACCACUUAGGAGUUUUUUAGUUGUCGAAGUCGAUGGAUCGUACGCGAAUAGAUUUCCAGAUUUGGGAGGGAAUUGACCGUCUUUUAAUUUUUCUCCCAUAGAA